GCAUUAUGGCGCGGUCAAUUUGAAUUACUCCUAGUUUAAAAACAAGGAAAUCUUAAAAAUAUUUAAAAUACAACAACUUUGGUACUAAAAACUAUUUUAAAACAGAGAAUUGUAAAUAUUUUCGUAUUUGUGUUUGUUACCUCUUGAAUUUUAUACAUGCCUUUCCUAAUAAAUUUAAAGGAGAUCCAACCCAACCAAAGAUAAGGCAGACAGUUUGUUUACUUUUGUAAUGUAUUAAUGUAUUAUAUCAUUCUCAUAAACAAUAAGAACACCCAAUAUUUUUCGUAUUGUAAUGGAUACUUAUGAAUAAAGAAGUUGAUAUAAUCAGUGUCAUAGUUCCCAUUUAUAAUGGGGCCAAAUGGAUAGACCCCUGUUUUCAUAGCAUUUUAAAACAAAAUGUAGAUGAUACCCAAUUUCAAUUGGAGGUAUGUGUCUGUAAUGACUCCAGUACAGAUGAAACAUCAACAUUACUGGGAAAAUGGAAAGAUCAUUUUCAAGAAGCUGGUGUGUCCCUAAAGGUGUUUAAUAAUAGAAGUGAAAAUCCUGGAGGAGUUGGAUUUGCUAAAAACAAAGCUGUUUCAAUCAGUUCAGGAAGAUUUCUGUGCUUUCAAGAUAUAGAUGAUGUGAUGUUACCAGAAAGAGUUCAAAAGCAAUAUCAGGUUGCUGUAAAUUCUUCAGUUGAUACAAUUGUGGGUGCUCAGUUCAAACGUGAACCAGAGGAUUCCACAGUUCGCUACACCAAAUGGGCUAAUUCUUUAAGUCAGGAACAAUUGAGCAUUCAAGUAUAUACAUCACAUGGUCCUACAGUAAUAAUGCCUACAUGGUUUUUGUAUAGGGAUCAUUUUGACGAAGUAGGAGGAUUUGUGGAAAAAGGAAUGGGAACUCCAGAAGACUUAAUUUUUUUCUAUAAGCAUCUUGAUCUUGGUGGAAAAAUUAUUAGAGUAGACGAGUGUUUGUUGAUAUACAGAUUUCAUUCGAACCAAGCUACUUUUUCUGUUCAUCAGGAUACCAUCUGGAAUUUACGAGUAGAUAGGUUACAAAAGAAAAUUUUAAGUGAUUGGCCGCAGUUUACUAUUUGGAAUGCUGGUAAGCAAGGCAAGAAAUUAUACAACUCUUUAUCGAAGGAAAAUCAAGCAAAAGUUGUAGCUUUCUGUGAUGUAGAUAGUAAUAAAAUUGGUAAACCUUAUAUACCAUAUAACCCUAAUGAUCGUAAAGGAAAGAAAAAGAUGAUUGAAAUCGUUCAUUUCAAGGAUGCACUUCCACCUUUGGUUAUUUGUGUAAAAAUGGAUAUGACUGGUGGAGUUUUUGAAGACAAUUUGCAGUCUUUAAAUCUGCAAGAAGGUCUAGAAUAUGUAAUAUUCAGUUAGACCAAAAAUAAGGUAGUAUCAUUGAUGCAGUUCUGUAAAUAAUGAAAUAUCUAUUUUUUUUCAAAUGAUUUCUUUCUUUAUUAAUGUUGGUUUGCUAAACUCAGACACAACUGGCUAGUGAUUUUAGUAAGUAGUUUUACCAUUUUGGUAAAAUUGCCAAAAAAAUAAUUAUUAAGUAGUUAGUAAUUUUGCCAAUUUUGGCAAAAUUGGCCAAAAACAAUAAAAUUACCUACUAAGAUCACUAGUCAGUUAUGUCUGAGUUUAGCAAACCGACUAUAUGUUUUCUUGUUAUUUUUGAAGUGAAAACUUCUUUAGGGACGUUAUGCGAUUUUUGGAUAGGGGAAAAAGCAUUGAAUUCGCGACCGUCAUCGAUUUUUUGGAUAGGGGAAAAGCAUUGAAUUUGCGACCGUCAUCACGACCGUCAUCGCUUAUGCUAUAUAUUAUUUGUAGGUAUAUAUAAAUUGUAUCAUCAUCAUAGUCAUUAACAUCUUAGUAGAUGUGUUGUGGUUCAUAAUUGGGCUUCAGCAGCUCGGACAGUUUGAUUGAUAAUAUUUCUCCACUGGUCGCGGUCAUCAGUUACAUGUAUUGCCUCAGUAUACUGUUUGUUGAGAAGCUUUUUAGUAAUGUCCGCCCAUCGCUGUGGAGAUCUUCCGCGUUGGCGUUGAGUCUGAGGCCUUCCUUGGACCACCAACCGCUCCAUUUUGUGAUCACUCCGAUGGAUAUGACCAAAGAACUUUAAAAUUCUAGAGUAAACGGUACUGGAGAGACGCUGAUCCGGUUUAAUUUCAUCCAGAACCGAGACAUUUGUACGGCGAGCCGUCCAUGGAAUUCGAAGCAGGCGUCUCCAUGUCCACAUUUCAAAGGCGUCUAUACGUCGUCUAUCUGAUUCUUUGACUGUCCAUGUCUCGCAUGCAUAGUAAAAUAUGGAAAAGACCAGAGUUGAAACGAGUCUCUUUUUGUUUGUCAUAGUAAUGUGACGAUCACGCCAGACCCCGUUUAGUUCACUCAUUGCUGCUCUUGCUAGUUGAAUGCGUCUUCUAAUUUCGGGUUCACAACUGCCUGUGUUGUUAACUAGAGCUCCAAGAUAUAUCAUAGAUGAGACUACCUCGCAUCCCGCAAUAGUUUGGGUUUCAGGAAACUGUUGUUGGCGAUCAAUAACCAUGAUUUUGGUUUUGUUGUAGUUAACCAUGAGUCCAAAUUUAGCACUUUCUAAAUUGUAUAGAAGUAUUAAAAUUUAAAAUAAAUGUAAAACCUAUUUUAGGAUGGGGAAAAAGGAUUUAUUUCGCGACCGUCAUCUCUUCGGCGAAAUAAAUUUUGUACGUAUGUAUAUUAUGUGUAUCUAUACAUAAAUUGUAUAAAGUAUUUAAAUUUAAAAUAAAUGUAAAACCUAUUUUUGGAUUUUGUUCUGAAGCUAUUUCCUUGUGGCAUUUUUAUGAUGGGGAAAAAGGAUUUAUUUCGCGGCCGUCAUCUCUUCGGCGAAAUAAAUUUUGUACGUAUGUAUAUUGAAGUGAAAACUUCUUUAGGGACCUUGUGCAAUUUUUGGAUGGGAUAAAGUAUUAAAUUGGCGACCGUCAUCGCUUCGGCAAAAUAAAUUUUUAAAGUGAAAACUUCUUUUGAGGACGUUGUGCACUUUUUAGAUGGGGGAAAAGUAUUGAAUUAGCGACCGUCAUCGCUUCGGCGAAAUACAUUUUUGAAGUGAAAACUUCUUUAGGGACGUUGUGCUCUUUUUGGAUGGAAAAAAGUAUUAAAUUAGCGACCGUCAUCGCUUCGAUGAAAUAAAUUUUUGAAGUGAAAACUUCUUGAGUGACGUUGUGCACUUUUUGGAUGGGGAAAAAUUAUUAAAUUAGCGACCGUCAUCGCUUCUAUGAAAUAAAUUUUUGAAGUGAAAACUUCUUGAGGGACGUUGUGCACUUUUUGGAUGAGGGAAAAGUAUUGAAUUAGGGACCGUCAUCGCUUCGACGAAAGAAAUAUUUGAAGUGAAAAGUUCUUUAGGGACGUUGUGCUCUUUUUGGAUGGAAGAAAGUAUUAAAUUAGCGACUGACAUCGCGACCGUCAUCGCUUCGACGAAAUAAACAUUUGAAGUGAAAACUUUUUUUAGGGACGUUGUGCUCUUUUUGGAUGUAAAAAAGUAUUAAAUUAGCGACCGUCAUCGCUUCGAUGAAAUACAUUUUUGAAGUGAAAACUUCCUGAGUGAGGUUGUGCACUUUUUGGAUGGGGAAAAAUUAUUAAAUUAGCGACCGUCAUCGCUUCGACGAAAUAAAUAUUUGAAGUGAAACUUCUUUAGGGACGUUGUGCACUUUUUCGACGGAAAAAAGUAUUAAAUUAGCAACCCUCAUCGCUUCGAUGAAAUAAAUUUUUGAAGUGAAAACUUCUUAAGGGACGUUGUGCAUUUUUGGAUGGGAAAAAGUAUUAAAUUAGCGACCGUCAUCGCUUCGAUGAAAUACUUUUUUGGAAGUGAAAACUUCCUGAGUGACGUGCACUUUUUGGAUGGGGAAAAAUUAUUAAAUUAGCGACCGUCAUCGCUUCGACGAAAUAAAUAUUUGAAGUGAGACUUCUUUAGGAACGUUGUGCACUUUUUCGAUGGAAAAAAGUAUUAAAUUAGCGACCAUCAUCACUUCGACUAAAUAAAUAUUUGAAGUGAAAACUUCUUUAGGGACGUGCACUUUUUGGAUGGGAAAAAGUAUUAAAUUAGCGACCGUCAUCGCUUCGAUGAAAUACUUUUUUGGACGUGAAAACUUCCUGAGUGACGUUGUGCACUUUUUGGAUGGGAGAAAAUUAUUAAAUUAGUGACCGUCAUCGCUUCGACGAAAUAAAUAUUUGAAGUGAAACUUCUUUAGGGACGUUGUGCACUUUUUCGAUGGAAAAAAGUAUUAAAUUAACGACCAUCAUCACUUCGACGAAAUAAAUAUUUGAAAUGAAAACUUCUUUAGGGACGAUGUGCACUUUUUGGAUGGGAAAAAGUAUUAAAUUAGCGACCGUCAUCGCUUCGACGAAAUACUUUUUUGGAAGUGAAAACUUCCUGAGUGACGUUGUGCACUUUUUGGAUGAAGAAAAAUGAUUAAAUUAGCGACCGUCAUCGCUUCGACGAAAUAAAUAUUUGAAGUGAAACUUCUUUAGGGACGUUGUGCACUUAUUCGAUGGAAAAAAGUAUUAAAUUAGCGACCCUCAUCGCUUCGAUGAAAUAAAUUUUUGAAGUAACGUUUUUUAGGGACGUUGUGCACUCUUUGGAUGGGCAAAAAUUAUUAAAUUAGCGACCAUCAUCACUUCGACGAAAUAAAUUUUUGAAGUGAAAAUUUCUUUAGGGACGUUGUGCACUUUUUUGAUGGGGGAAAAGUAUUGAAUUAGGGACCUUCAUCGCUUCGACGAAAUAAAUAUUUGAAGUGAAAACUUCUUUAGGGACCUUGUGCACUUUUUGGAUGGGAAAAAGUAUUAAAUUAGCGACCGUCAUCGCUGCGACGAAAUAAAUAUUUGAAGUAAAACAUUUCUUGAGGGACUGAGGGACAUGUGCACUUUUUGGAUGGGAAAAAUAUUAAAUUAGCGACCGUCAUCGCUUCGACGAAAUAAAUUUUUGAAGUGAAAAUUUCUUUAGGGACGUUGUGCUCUUUUUGGAUGGGGCAAAAGUAUUGAAUUAGGGAGCGUCAUCGCUUCGACGAAAUAAAUUUUUGAAGUGAAAACUUCUUCAGGGACGUUGUGCACUUUUUGGAUGGGAGAAAGUAUUAAAUUAGGGACCGUCAUCGCUUCGAUGAAAUAAAUAUUUGAAGUGAAAACUUCUUGAGGGACGUUGUGCAUUUUUGGAUGGGCAAAAAUUAUUAAAUUAGCGACCAUCAUCACUUCGACGAAAUAAAUUUUUGAAGUGAAAAUUUCUGUAGGGACGUUGUGCACUUUUUUGAUGGGGGAAAAGUAUUAAAUUAGGGACCUUCAUCGCUUCGACGAAAUAAAUAUUUGAAGUGAAAACUUCUUUAGGGACGUUGUGCACUUUUUGGAUGGGAAAAAGUAUUAAAUUAGCGACCGUCAUCGCUGCGACGAAAUAAACAUUUGAAGUAAAACAUUUCUUGAGGGACUGAGGGACAUAGUGCACUUUUUGGAUGGGGAAAAUAUUAAAUUAGCGACCGUCAUCGCUUCGACGAAAUACAUUUUUGAAGUGAAAAUUUCUUUAGGGACGUUGUGCUCUUUUUGGAUGGGGCAAAAGUAUUAAAUUAGGGACCGUCAUCGCUUCGAGGAAAUAAAUUUUUGAAGUGAAAACUUCUUCAGGGACGUUGUGCACUUUUUGGAUGGGAGAAAGUAUUAAAUUAGCGACCGUCAUCGCUUCGACGAAAUAAAUAUUUGAAGUGAAAAUUUCUUGAGGGACGUUGUGCACUUUUUGGAUGGGGCAAAAGUAUUAAAUUAGGGACCGUCAUCGCUUCGACGAAAUAAAUUUUUGAAGUGAAAAUUUCUUUAGGGACGUUGUGCUCUUUUUGGAUGGGGCAAAAGUAUUAAAUUAGGGACCGUCAUCGCUUCGACGAAAUAAAUUUUUGAAGUGAAAACUUCUUCAGGGACGUUGUGCACUUUUUGGAUGGGAGAAAGUAUUAAAUUAGCGACCGUCAUCGCUUCGAUGAAAUAAAUUUUUGAAGUAACGUUUUUUAGGGACGUUGUGCACUCUUUGGAUGGGCAAAAAUUAUUAAAUUAGCGACCAUCAUCACUUCGACGAAAUAAAUUUUUGAAGUGAAAAUUUCUUUAGGGACGUUGUGCACUUUUUUGAUGGGGGAAAAGUAUUGAAUUAGGGACCUUCAUCGCUUCGACGAAAUAAAUAUUUGAAGUGAAAACUUCUUUAGGGACGUUGUGCACUUUUUGGAUGGGAAAAAGUAUUAAAUUAGCGACCAUCAUCACUUCGACUAAAUAAAUAUUUGAAGUGAAAACUUCUUAAGGGACGUUGUGCAUUUUUGGAUGGGAAAAAGUAUUAAAUUAGCGACCGUCAUCGCUUCGAUGAAAUACUUUUUUGGAAGUGAAAACUUCCUGAGUGACGUGCACUUUUUGGAUGGGGAAAAAUUAUUAAAUUAGCGACCGUCAUCGCUUCGACGAAAUAAAUAUUUGAAGUGAGACUUCUUUAGGAACGUUGUGCACUUUUUCGAUGGAAAAAAGUAUUAAAUUAGCGACCAUCAUCACUUCGACUAAAUAAAUAUUUGAAGUGAAAACUUCUUUAGGGACGUGCACUUUUUGGAUGGGAAAAAGUAUUAAAUUAGCGACCGUCAUCGCUUCGAUGAAAUACUUUUUUGGACGUGAAAACUUCCUGAGUGACGUUGUGCACUUUUUGGAUGGGAGAAAAUUAUUAAAUUAGUGACCGUCAUCGCUUCGACGAAAUAAAUAUUUGAAGUGAGACUUCUUUAGGAACGUUGUGCACUUUUUCGAUGGAAAAAAGUAUUAAAUUAGCGACCAUCAUCACUUCGACUAAAUAAAUAUUUGAAGUGAAAACUUCUUUAGGGACGUGCACUUUUUGGAUGGGAAAAAGUAUUAAAUUAGCGACCGUCAUCGCUUCGAUGAAAUACUUUUUUGGACGUGAAAACUUCCUGAGUGACGUUGUGCACUUUUUGGAUGGGAGAAAAUUAUUAAAUUAGUGACCGUCAUCGCUUCGACGAAAUAAAUAUUUGAAGUGAAACUUCUUUAGGGACGUUGUGCACUUUUUCGAUGGAAAAAAGUAUUAAAUUAACGACCAUCAUCACUUCGACGAAAUAAAUAUUUGAAAUGAAAACUUCUUUAGGGACGAUGUGCACUUUUUGGAUGGGAAAAAGUAUUAAAUUAGCGACCGUCAUCGCUUCGACGAAAUACUUUUUUGGAAGUGAAAACUUCCUGAGUGACGUUGUGCACUUUUUGGAUGAAGAAAAAUGAUUAAAUUAGCGACCGUCAUCGCUUCGACGAAAUAAAUAUUUGAAGUGAAACUUCUUUAGGGACGUUGUGCACUUAUUCGAUGGAAAAAAGUAUUAAAUUAGCGACCCUCAUCGCUUCGAUGAAAUAAAUUUUUGAAGUAACGUUUUUUAGGGACGUUGUACACUCUUUGGAUGGGCAAAAAUUAUUAAAUUAGCGACCAUCAUCACUUCGACGAAAUAAAUUUUUGAAGUGAAAAUUUCUUUAGGGACGUUGUGCACUUUUUUGAUGGGGGAAAAGUAUUGAAUUAGGGACCUUCAUCGCUUCGACGAAAUAAAUAUUUGAAGUGAAAACUUCUUUAGGGACCUUGUGCACUUUUUGGAUGGGAAAAAGUAUUAAAUUAGCGACCGUCAUCGCUGCGACGAAAUAAAUAUUUGAAGUAAAACAUUUCUUGAGGGACUGAGGGACAUGUGCACUUUUUGGAUGGGAAAAAUAUUAAAUUAGCGACCGUCAUCGCUUCGACGAAAUAAAUUUUUGAAGUGAAAAUUUCUUUAGGGACGUUGUGCUCUUUUUGGAUGGGGCAAAAGUAUUGAAUUAGGGAGCGUCAUCGCUUCGACGAAAUAAAUUUUUGAAGUGAAAACUUCUUCAGGGACGUUGUGCACUUUUUGGAUGGGAGAAAGUAUUAAAUUAGGGACCGUCAUCGCUUCGAUGAAAUAAAUAUUUGAAGUGAAAACUUCUUGAGGGACGUUGUGCAUUUUUGGAUGGGCAAAAAUUAUUAAAUUAGCGACCAUCAUCACUUCGACGAAAUAAAUUUUUGAAGUGAAAAUUUCUGUAGGGACGUUGUGCACUUUUUUGAUGGGGGAAAAGUAUUAAAUUAGGGACCUUCAUCGCUUCGACGAAAUAAAUAUUUGAAGUGAAAACUUCUUUAGGGACGUUGUGCACUUUUUGGAUGGGAAAAAGUAUUAAAUUAGCGACCGUCAUCGCUGCGACGAAAUAAACAUUUGAAGUAAAACAUUUCUUGAGGGACUGAGGGACAUAGUGCACUUUUUGGAUGGGGAAAAUAUUAAAUUAGCGACCGUCAUCGCUUCGACGAAAUACAUUUUUGAAGUGAAAAUUUCUUUAGGGACGUUGUGCUCUUUUUGGAUGGGGCAAAAGUAUUAAAUUAGGGACCGUCAUCGCUUCGAGGAAAUAAAUUUUUGAAGUGAAAACUUCUUCAGGGACGUUGUGCACUUUUUGGAUGGGAGAAAGUAUUAAAUUAGCGACCGUCAUCGCUUCGACGAAAUAAAUAUUUGAAGUGAAAAUUUCUUGAGGGACGUUGUGCACUUUUUGGAUGGGGCAAAAGUAUUAAAUUAGGGACCGUCAUCGCUUCGACGAAAUAAAUUUUUGAAGUGAAAAUUUCUUUAGGGACGUUGUGCUCUUUUUGGAUGGGGCAAAAGUAUUAAAUUAGGGACCGUCAUCGCUUCGACGAAAUAAAUUUUUGAAGUGAAAACUUCUUCAGGGACGUUGUGCACUUUUUGGAUGGGAGAAAGUAUUAAAUUAGCGACCGUCAUCGCUUCGAUGAAAUAAAUUUUUGAAGUAACGUUUUUUAGGGACGUUGUGCACUCUUUGGAUGGGCAAAAAUUAUUAAAUUAGCGACCAUCAUCACUUCGACGAAAUAAAUUUUUGAAGUGAAAAUUUCUUUAGGGACGUUGUGCACUUUUUUGAUGGGGGAAAAGUAUUGAAUUAGGGACCUUCAUCGCUUCGACGAAAUAAAUAUUUGAAGUGAAAACUUCUUUAGGGACGUUGUGCACUUUUUGGAUGGGAAAAAGUAUUAAAUUAGCGACCAUCAUCACUUCGACUAAAUAAAUAUUUGAAGUGAAAACUUCUUAAGGGACGUUGUGCAUUUUUGGAUGGGAAAAAGUAUUAAAUUAGCGACCGUCAUCGCUUCGAUGAAAUACUUUUUUGGAAGUGAAAACUUCCUGAGUGACGUGCACUUUUUGGAUGGGGAAAAAUUAUUAAAUUAGCGACCGUCAUCGCUUCGACGAAAUAAAUAUUUGAAGUGAGACUUCUUUAGGAACGUUGUGCACUUUUUCGAUGGAAAAAAGUAUUAAAUUAGCGACCAUCAUCACUUCGACUAAAUAAAUAUUUGAAGUGAAAACUUCUUAAGGGACGUUGUGCAUUUUUGGAUGGGAAAAAGUAUUAAAUUAGCGACCGUCAUCGCUUCGAUGAAAUACUUUUUUGGAAGUGAAAACUUCCUGAGUGACGUGCACUUUUUGGAUGGGGAAAAAUUAUUAAAUUAGCGACCGUCAUCGCUUCGACGAAAUAAAUAUUUGAAGUGAGACUUCUUUAGGAACGUUGUGCACUUUUUCGAUGGAAAAAAGUAUUAAAUUAGCGACCAUCAUCACUUCGACUAAAUAAAUAUUUGAAGUGAAAACUUCUUUAGGGACGUGCACUUUUUGGAUGGGAAAAAGUAUUAAAUUAGCGACCGUCAUCGCUUCGAUGAAAUACUUUUUUGGACGUGAAAACUUCCUGAGUGACGUUGUGCACUUUUUGGAUGGGAGAAAAUUAUUAAAUUAGUGACCGUCAUCGCUUCGACGAAAUAAAUAUUUGAAGUGAAACUUCUUUAGGGACGUUGUGCACUUUUUCGAUGGAAAAAAGUAUUAAAUUAACGACCAUCAUCACUUCGACGAAAUAAAUAUUUGAAAUGAAAACUUCUUUAGGGACGAUGUGCACUUUUUGGAUGGGAAAAAGUAUUAAAUUAGCGACCGUCAUCGCUUCGAUGAAAUACUUUUUUGGAAGUGAAAACUUCCUGAGUGACGUUGUGCACUUUUUGGAUGAAGAAAAAUGAUUAAAUUAGCGACCGUCAUCGCUUCGACGAAAUAAAUAUUUGAAGUGAAACUUCUUUAGGGACGUUGUGCACUUAUUCGAUGGAAAAAAGUAUUAAAUUAGCGACCCUCAUCGCUUCGAUGAAAUAAAUUUUUGAAGUAACGUUUUUUAGGGACGUUGUGCACUCUUUGGAUGGGCAAAAAUUAUUAAAUUAGCGACCAUCAUCACUUCGACGAAAUAAAUUUUUGAAGUGAAAAUUUCUUUAGGGACGUUGUGCACUUUUUUGAUGGGGGAAAAGUAUUGAAUUAGGGACCUUCAUCGCUUCGACGAAAUAAAUAUUUGAAGUGAAAACUUCUUUAGGGACCUUGUGCACUUUUUGGAUGGGAAAAAGUAUUAAAUUAGCGACCGUCAUCGCUGCGACGAAAUAAAUAUUUGAAGUAAAACAUUUCUUGAGGGACUGAGGGACAUGUGCACUUUUUGGAUGGGAAAAAUAUUAAAUUAGCGACCGUCAUCGCUUCGACGAAAUAAAUUUUUGAAGUGAAAAUUUCUUUAGGGACGUUGUGCUCUUUUUGGAUGGGGCAAAAGUAUUGAAUUAGGGAGCGUCAUCGCUUCGACGAAAUAAAUUUUUGAAGUGAAAACUUCUUCAGGGACGUUGUGCACUUUUUGGAUGGGAGAAAGUAUUAAAUUAGGGACCGUCAUCGCUUCGAUGAAAUAAAUAUUUGAAGUGAAAACUUCUUGAGGGACGUUGUGCAUUUUUGGAUGGGCAAAAAUUAUUAAAUUAGCGACCAUCAUCACUUCGACGAAAUAAAUUUUUGAAGUGAAAAUUUCUGUAGGGACGUUGUGCACUUUUUUGAUGGGGGAAAAGUAUUAAAUUAGGGACCUUCAUCGCUUCGACGAAAUAAAUAUUUGAAGUGAAAACUUCUUUAGGGACGUUGUGCACUUUUUGGAUGGGAAAAAGUAUUAAAUUAGCGACCGUCAUCGCUGCGACGAAAUAAACAUUUGAAGUAAAACAUUUCUUGAGGGACUGAGGGACAUAGUGCACUUUUUGGAUGGGGAAAAUAUUAAAUUAGCGACCGUCAUCGCUUCGACGAAAUACAUUUUUGAAGUGAAAAUUUCUUUAGGGACGUUGUGCUCUUUUUGGAUGGGGCAAAAGUAUUAAAUUAGGGACCGUCAUCGCUUCGAGGAAAUAAAUUUUUGAAGUGAAAACUUCUUCAGGGACGUUGUGCACUUUUUGGAUGGGAGAAAGUAUUAAAUUAGCGACCGUCAUCGCUUCGACGAAAUAAAUAUUUGAAGUGAAAAUUUCUUGAGGGACGUUGUGCACUUUUUGGAUGGGGCAAAAGUAUUAAAUUAGGGACCGUCAUCGCUUCGACGAAAUAAAUUUUUGAAGUGAAAAUUUCUUUAGGGACGUUGUGCUCUUUUUGGAUGGGGCAAAAGUAUUAAAUUAGGGACCGUCAUCGCUUCGACGAAAUAAAUUUUUGAAGUGAAAACUUCUUCAGGGACGUUGUGCACUUUUUGGAUGGGAGAAAGUAUUAAAUUAGCGACCGUCAUCGCUUCGACGAAAUACAUUUUUGAAGUGAAAAUUUCUUUAGGGACGUUGUGCUCUUUUUGGAUGGGGCAAAAGUAUUAAAUUAGGGACCGUCAUCGCUUCGACGAAAUAAAUUUUUGAAGUGAAAACUUCUUCAGGGACGUUGUGCACUUUUUGGAUGGGAGAAAGUAUUAAAUUAGCGACCGUCAUCGCUUCGAUGAAAUAAAUUUUUGAAGUAACGUUUUUUAGGGACGUUGUGCACUCUUUGGAUGGGCAAAAAUUAUUAAAUUAGCGACCAUCAUCACUUCGACGAAAUAAAUUUUUGAAGUGAAAAUUUCUUUAGGGACGUUGUGCACUUUUUUGAUGGGGGAAAAGUAUUGAAUUAGGGACCUUCAUCGCUUCGACGAAAUAAAUAUUUGAAGUGAAAACUUCUUUAGGGACGUUGUGCACUUUUUGGAUGGGAAAAAGUAUUAAAUUAGCGACCGUCAUCGCUGCGACGAAAUAAAUAUUUGAAGUAAAACAUUUCUUGAGGGACUGAGGGACAUAGUGCACUUUUUGGAUGGGGAAAAUAUUAAAUUAGCGACCGUCAUCGCUUCGACGAAAUACAUUUUUGAAGUGAAAAUUUCUUUAGGGACGUUGUGCUCUUUUUGGAUGGGGCAAAAGUAUUAAAUUAGGGACCGUCAUCGCUUCGACGAAAUAAAUUUUUGAAGUGAAAACUUCUUCAGGGACGUUGUGCACUUUUUGGAUGGGAGAAAGUAUUAAAUUAGCGACCGUCAUCGCUUCGACGAAAUAAAUAUUUGAAGUGAAAAUUUCUUGAGGGACGUUGUGCACUUUUUGGAUGGGGAAAAAGUAUAAAAUUAGCGACCGUCAUCGCUUCGACGAAAUAAAUUUUUGAAUUGAAAAUUUCUUUAGGGACGUUGUGCACUUCUUGGAUGGGGAAAAAGUAUUGAAUUUUCGAUCGUCAUCACUUCGCUGAAAUAAAUUUUGUACGUAUAUAAAUUAGGUGUAUGUACAUACAUAUACAUAAAUAGUAUAGGGUAUACGCAUCGCGUAUAUGAUAUAGGUAUAGGACUUCUUUUUGGAUGGGGAAAAUGCAUUCACCUCGUAAUUUAUAUACUAUAAGAAGUUUUCACUUCUGCCGGCACUCCCACGAGUGUCUUCAAUUUUUUUAUUUUUCUUUACAAUUAUUAUAUAAAUAUAUGAUAUAGACUUUAUAGUUUUGACUAGUUGUAAAAAAUGUUUUUUAUGUGCAUAUAUUACCUAGCUCUAUAAGUUGUUUCAUAUAUCGCACUUCCGCUCAAAUAGUGUCACAACUCAAAAAAAAAAUAAAUAAAAACUUGCACCAACAGUUUAAUAAAACUACAAAAUCUUAUCUCAAAAAUUCCACGGUACAAUUAUUUGUCGUUAGGUGACACUAGCGUCAUUAUGUAAUUAACCAAAAUCAAUGAUGUUACAUAAACAGUGACACAUAUCAGCUUGCACAAGGCAGUUGUCCAUCUAAGAUCUAUAUAAAGUGCCGUUUGUUGAGUUAAGACAGUAUAUUAUGCCAUUGCUUUAUUCAAAACAAUCUGUGAAUGUGCUCAAGAAAAGUGACACCUUUAUUUUUUUUUGCAGUAUUUUUUGUUUAAUUUUGAUACUUAUAUAAUUGAUUGAAUACCUGAAUAUUCGGGUAUUCAAUCAACAAUUAUAUUUAAAGUUAGACCAGGAUUAAAAAGUGCAGGAUUAAAAACUAUAACCUGCUAACCAGAUAAUAAUAAUGAUAUUAUAUUCUGUACUGCUAAAACCACUUUUAAUAAAAAAUAAUGUUUCGUCAAUUUUUUGUUAUAUUCAGCCGUGUGAUUAAUGACCGAAGUUAUCUUUAACAUUUGAGUUAAAGUUAAGAUAACUCAGGGAUAACGUGCCCAUAACUAUUUUCGUAAAUUCGGUGUGAUGUAUCUGUCACCAUUAUGAGAUAGUUAUUUCUUCAACAUUAAAAAAGAGAAAUAACAUUUGACUAACAAAGUUUGAAGUAACAAAGAGAACCUUAUGUAGAAAUAUUACAAGUUGGAGUGAGCGCGAGAGAUUGAUCGGAACAUGCCACAGGCUUGACAGGAUGCAGAGAUGGUACAAUUGUACCAAUUUGAUACAAUUAACAACCAAACUUUUGAUACUUAAGUAUCUUAAAGUAAAAACCUCCAAUUUUGUGAUAUGAGAAAUUUGCUUCAAAUAACAUUAAACAACGUUUUUUUAAGUCUUUGUACAAAAUGUGUUGGUUUAGUACAUUUUGUGUCACUAUGUCAGUCAUUCCAGUGCAUUUACAAAAAUUUCUCUGGCAACACUGCAUAUGUUUAUAAAUUUCAACUUAUAUUCAACAAUUAUAUCUCGAGUUGAGUUUUGUAUGAUUUUUAGAAUUGUAUUACCCUUCUAUUCUUAAAUUAUUAGCUUUUUUUUAUUGUUAAUUAUUAUUUUAAUCAUAUUAUUACCUAAGGGCUUUUAAUUGUUAUUUGAAGUCGGUUUUUUUGAUAUUUUUAAUUUUGCACUGCUUUAUAUUUGAUAUUAAAUUAAUAACAUGCCGCAUAAAGUCCUAGGACAAUAUGAAGCAGCGUUCUUCAUUGAAUAUUCACUUGAUUUAUAUCUAAAAACAAGUCAAAAGAUGAUCUAACCUUACAAAUCCUUACAUAACUACAGAGUUAUCUCAUAACUUGAGGUUUAACGUCGCGUUAUAAAGUGACAGUUGAUACAUGUUGAUAUACUGAUAACUCAAAAACUGUCAAGAAAUAACGCAAGUAGUUAAGUUAAAUAAUGAUAGAUCACACCAAUUCGAGGAUUAUAACUUAACUACAGGAUAACUUUAAGUUAAAGAUAACUUCGGUCAUCCAUCACACGGCUGAUUAUCUGUAUAGUGUCACAUCUCAAAGAAAAUUAUUCUUUAUUAAAUAUUUUUAGUAGAGCUAAAUACUCUAUUUUGUAGAGCUUCAAAAAUCUUUGUAACCUAACCUAUAGUUAUUGUUCUAAUUUUAAUAGUUCUUGAAUUAAACCUGGAAAAGUUCUAGCACAAAUUUUAAACUGCGUCUUCUCGAUACUUUACCUUUUUGACUUAUGCCACUGUUUGAGUGGUGGUGAGAUAUGGAUACUUUUAUAUCUCGAUGUUAGGAGAACGUAAAAAAAUCAAAUUGAGGAUGACCAUUGAGAGGAAAGUUAAAAAAUAAAAUUUAUAUUUACAAUAAA